UCCACGUGAAACGGAGGCUAAAACAGUGAAAAGCAUGGACAUAACCGAGGUUCCCAAAAGUUGCGACAAAGGCAAGAAAAAGAAGGAUAAACGCUCGCACAAAACGACGGUAGCUAAACAGGAAACAGAGGAUGUUGGUGUUGCUGAGAAAACGGAGAAGGAUGGCGUUGCUCCUGUCUUCCCUCCCUCCUUCAGCAUGUCGGACAUCAAGAACAAGCAGAGGAGACACCUCAUGUUCAUGAAGCUCAAGCAGGAGAAACGAAAGCAAAAGAUGCAGCUGAGGAAAAAGAGGAAAAAAGAAAGGGAGGCCUUGGGUGAUAAGGCACCACCAAAAGAAGUCCCAAAGACGAUAGAGAACCAGAGAGUUUACGACGAGACAACAGUUGACCCGGAAGAUGAAGAGGUAGCCUUUGACGAGGGGACUGACGAAUUCUCUGCCUACUUCAACCGACUGACAAAUCCCAAAGUGCUUAUAACAACAUCGGAUAGACCAAGAGGGAGGACCGUUCGGUUUUGUGAGCAGCUGGCCACAGUGAUCCCAGACUCCCAUGUGUAUUACAGACGAGGCCUAGCCCUGAAGAGGAUCAUUCCCCAGUGCAUCGCCAGGAACUUCACUUACCUCAUAGUCAUUAAUGAGGACCGCCUUACGCCCAAUGGUAUGGUUCUCUGUCACCUGCCGGAUGGACCAACGGCACACUUCAAAAUCAGCAAUGCUCGACUGCGCAAGGAAAUGAAGCGGAGAGGUAAAGACCCAACAGAUCAUUCCCCGGAGGUGAUCCUGAACAACUUCACCACACGUCUGGGUCACAGUAUUGGUCGCCUGUUUGCAGCUCUCUUCCCACACGACCCUCACUUUGUGGGCCGGCAGGUCGCCACUUUCCACAACCAGAGAGACUUCAUUUUCUUCAGGUUCCACAGGUACAUCUUCAAGAAUGAGAAGAGAGUUGGUCUUCAGGAACUGGGGCCACGCUUCACCCUCAAACUCCGCUCUUUACAGAAAGGGACCUUUGACUCAAAGUUCGGAGAGUACGAAUGGGUUCUCAAGCGUCAUGAAAUGGACGCGUGCAGAAGGAAGUUCCACCUCUGAGUAACAGCCGAGAGUGCUUCCUGUUUUCUAUCCAAAAUACGACCGCCACUGCUGACCAUGCACAAACGGCUUGUAUAUCGGAUGUCCCAGUUUGUCA